AUGAGUGCCAGCGGCACAGUCAGCCCCGUGCCCGCCGUGCCCGCCUUCAUCCCCUCGGCGCGCAGCAGUCCGCGUUCGGCCGUGGCGGCGGCGCAAGCGGUGGCUGGCACUCCGGGGCCCGGGGACCAGAGAGGCUACGUGUUGAAUGCGGACGACAUGCGGCGGAAGCUCCGGGACUGUUUCAAGAAGGAUCACACCAUCGAACAGGAUAAUUUGCGCAGUCACGGUCAAAGCAUUUGCGCUUCUGUGGUACGCAGCUCCUUCUUCAAUACCGUUGUGCUGGUGAUGAUUGUGCUCAACUCCAUAUGGAUUGCCAUUGACAUCGAUUUCAACAAGCAUCAGAACCUUUUUGAUGCGCCGUUUGUCUUCAGGUUCGCGGACAACGUUUUCUGUGGCUUCUUUACCUUUGAACUGAUCGUCCGACUUGGGGCCAUGGUGCGCUGGGAGCAGAUUCUGGAUGGCUGGUUCCUGUUUGAUUCCAUGCUCACCAUCAUGAUGAUCUGGGACACCUGGGUGCAGGCCAUCAUUCGGCUUCUGGGCGGGCAAGCGUAUGGCGCACAGGUGCGGAGUUUUACAAUUCUGCGGAUCCUGCGAAUUUUAAGGGUCUUGCGCGUGGCCCGUGCCGCGCGGAUCAUCAACUCCCUGCCCGAGCUGCGUGUGUUGGUGAAGGGAAUGGCGAUAGCGAUGCGCUCCACCUUCACCAUUUUAGCUCUGCUGCUGAUCGUUGUAUACAUCUUCGCGGUACUUUUUACUCAAAUGCUCUCCGGCAAUCCCAUUGGCUACGGAUGGUUUGAAAGCGUGCCACAGUCCAUGAACUUUCUACUGCUUCAAACUCUGGCGGGUGCUGAUGUGAACGUCAUCAACAAAUUACUGGCCGCAGGCUGGACCUACUAUUUCUUGUAUCUUUCCUUUGUAUUUAUGGGCUCACUCACUUUGAUGAACAUGCUGAUUGGUGUGCUUUGUGAAGUGGUCAACGUCGUUGCGCAGGUGGAAGAAGAGCGGGCCUUCCAUGACCAAGCAUAUCGCUUCAUUUGCGAAUUCGUGCGAAGCCUGGACAUGGAUGGAGAUCGGAUGUUGUCGCGGGCCGAGUUCUUGGAGGUGAUAGAGAGAGAUCCGGACCUGCUCAUGGGCCUUCACAACGACUUUGGUAUCGACGUGGUCGCCUUCUGCGAUAAUGCUAUCGCCUUGUUCGCCGACUGUGAAAAUAUAGAAGUGAGCGACUUCGUGGACUUGAUCACGCAGUUCCGGGGCCAGAAACAGACCACGGUCAAGGACCUUGUGGACAUGCGCAAGUUCAUUUCGAUGCAGCUGCGACAUGUGGCGGAUGAGCUGGGUCGCAAGACAGCUGCGCCCGGGGGGAACAGCCCCAAUCGCCUGAGGAUGUGA